GGAACAUACAUACAUACUCUUCUCUGCAUCACACAAAAACUUAUCAAUCAAAAAAAAAAAAAUGGGUGACCUUCACUCAAUUGCUUACAAUAGCUUCUCUUCCCUAGGUUGUGACUUCCAUGGCCUAGAAGUUCUCAACAAUGAUAUGUCUCCAUUUAUGGAGAGCACUCCACCAUUUUUGUCAAAUUUUGAUUGUGAGUUGUCAAGUGGAUAUCUACAAGAUGCUUUAUUCAAAUUCAACUCAAAAAGAAGGCGUUUAUUUUUGUUUAAUGAUGAUGAUGACAAGGAGAAUUAUCAAAAUAAAGAUUCAAUUAAGAAUUUGUGGAGCUCCACAAUUGACCAACAAUUUUCUGAGGAUUAUGAUUCUUUUAGCCAGAUAACCAAGUGUGAUAGCUUUUCUGGGGAUCCAAUGAGCAAAAUGAGUGAAGAAUAUUCCAAAAGAACAGAGGAGGAAGCAAUCUCAGAAAAUUAUUAUUAUUCUUCUAAUUCUUCACCAACAUCAUCAUCUCAUCAUAAUAAACAACCUCUACAAUAUGGAGGAGGUGAUAAAAAGAGAAGAAUGUGUGGAAAAAUUGUGUAUCCAUUUGGGCUAGUGAAGCCCGGAGGGCAAGAAGGAGACGUGACAUUAAAUGACAUUAACGAGAGGAUUCUAAUGAGGCCGACCCGGCCCGUAAGGCAUCCGGUUGGGGACUUUGCAUGUCGUUCGACCGUAUGCCCUGCUGGACCAGGAUUAUCCGGCAAGACGGUGGUUGCACUCACCAAAAUUCAUACUCAAGGGAGGGGGACAAUCACAAUUAUAAGGACUCGAGGGUGAUUGGAGAGGACGUACCACCUAGGUAGCUAGCUAGGGUCUAUUUCGAGGUAUGUAGGAUCAGAUAGGAAGGUAAAACUAAAAGAGAAUAUGUAUCUUUAUAUUCUAUCUUUUGCUCAUUUGAUUGAUGAAAUAGGUUGAGAAAAAUGAUUGUAACGUUUCAAAAUGGAAAGACCUGGCAGCUCGUUUCGCCCUUGUUGAUAUUCUUUGUAGUUAUUCAAUGAGAAUUAAAGAGUGUAUGAUAUAUGAUAUGAAUAUAUAUAUGGAUGCAAGUGGAUGUAUA